AUGGACCAACAACAGCAACAAAAAGACAAGGCGCCGCUUCGGCCUCGUGUCGCUAACGCUUGUGAAGCUUGCAGGACCGUCACAAACCCCUCCUCCCUCCAAAAGCAAUCUCCCUUACCCGGUCUACCCCCCGGUCCAUCCCGCACCUUCACCAUCGACGUCCCCAUCCCCACCUCCUCCGUCGACGUAGCCAUCAGUCUUGAAUCUCUCCGUCUCGACCACGAAGGAUUCAUGGAUCAUAUCUGCCCCAACACCGGGGUCGAUUCCGAGGACGAAGACGGUACCUACGGCUAUGAUCACGAGUACGACGAUGAUGGGAACUGCGAAGGAGACGGAUCGGUAAUUUCCAGCCAUGCUAGCUCCCUGCCGGUUGGAGCAUCGGCUGCUACGCCGGGGAGUAGUUCUGCUUCUGCUUCCGCUUCUGGGGUUGCGCAGUUUGGGGCUGGUUUUGGGGGUGGUGGUACGGGGCCAAGGAUUGGAAACCGAAACGGAGACCGAAACGGAAAGCCGGGACCCGGACCAGGAGGAAGCAGCCGCUCCCUCGCCUCCCUCUCCGUGCAACCGCAAUUCAACGUCGACUCUGCCUCGCAACUGUUGAAUACUUUUCAAAAGGUUAUGGUGUGGCAUUUUCCCUGUGUGUUGGUUGAUCAUGUUUCGGUCUGCAACGACGAUGAGAAUGAAGUGAAGCUGGAAGAAGCAACAGUGGCGUCCCUAGCGAGGGAGAGGCCCUUUGUGCUGCUGGCUGUUUUGGCGGCGGCGAGCAGCACGAGGACUUUGCAGGGCCAUAGUCUAUACGAUGAGGAAUUUAGGAAGAUUUUGGGGCUGAAGUUCGUGGCUGGGGGUGAGAGGAGUUUGGAGUUGUUGCAGGGGUUGGCGGCUUACGUUGCUUGGUAUCCCUUCCACCUUCGUCCGAAAAACAGACAAGCGUUCCAGUAUGUGCGUAUGGCGGUGGAUAUGGUCAACGAUCUCGAGCUGGACGUGGAUCCUGGUUUUGAUGAACUCAACGGUCCGAGACGCCCUAGUCCGCAAAGGCUGGAGGAGAUCAGGACUUAUCUGGCUACGUAUUAUGUUGCGUCAAACUUCGCAACAUCGUGGAACCGCACACCCUCCAUGUCCUUCACCAAUUACACCUCCAAAUGCUGCGACAUCCUCGAAAAGUACAGCAUAACCAAAGGAGACUGCAUCCUCCCCUGGUUAGUCCGCCUCCAACGGCUCUGCGAAGAGACCAAUGAUCUCCGCAAGCCGCAAAGGGGUGGAAUUAGUGGUCUACCACAACAAACCGAGAGCCAGAUCGAGAUGAUCAUCAAAGGCAUGGAAGCCCAACUAAACGAGUGGGAGGCCAAGAUGCCGUCCGAACUGAAAUCAAUACCCUCAAUCCGCAUAACAACCCUCUUCACCCGCCUCUUUUUGACUGGCGCCCCCCUCCUCAAACUUCCCUCCGUCAAGCUCCCCGGUUUAGAAAAAGGUCCUCCGCCUUCCUUCCGCGUAGACCCCAACCGUUUGCUAAGCCUAAUCCCCACCUUGCACCAAAACUACGAAUACUUCUUAUCUCUCUCAGCACACGAAAUCAACGCCUUCUCCAUGAUCGGCUGGGGCUGUUUGAUUUUGUCUACCAUCCUCGGGUUUCGCAUGAGCUUCCCCAUCACGUUUUGUCCCGGGUGGGAUGAUUAUGGGGCCAGGAGGGUGGUGCGGUUUGACAAAUUCCUGGAGAGGUUGUGUCGGUUGGGUACGGGCACUGCCUCGUCUGCUUCUUCUGAGGGUGGUAGUGUUGAUAAAGAUCGGGAAAAUGUGACGCCGGCGACGAUGUCGACGACUAAAGGAAUGGAUGUGUUGAGUGCUAGCAAGGUUGUGUUUGCGGUGGUGAGGAGGAAGUUUAGGAAUCGAGUUGCCAAGUUGGAGGGCACAGCGAGUUUGGGUAAAGAGAGGGAUAAGGAUGCGAGGAUGGGUGGUGUUGGUGUUGGUGUUGGUAUCUGUCCUGUUACUGGCAAGGCGGUUGGGGAGGACGAGAGUAAUGCUCAUGGUUAUGCUCAGUCCAUCUUGGCACAUGGGGAGGAACAGCACUUUCAAUCUCAACAACCACUCCGUCGGCACCACCAGCACCAGCACCAGCACCAGCACCAGCACCUCAAUAUCCCAAUACCACCAACAGACUUAGACUUCGUCAACAAGAAUAUCCACCACCACCACCAGCACCCCCAAGCUCAACAGGAAGUCCUAGACAUCCACAUGGACCUCUCCAUGCUUCCUCUCGAUAUAGACAUCCCACAAUCACAAUCGCAAGCAACACCCAUACCCAUACCAACCCUUCACAUCCCCUCAACAAACGUGUCCGGAUGUCCCAUGAUGGACGGCAGCCUGGAACCCUAUUACCCCUACUGGGAUGAGACGUUUGCUUUAAAUACUGGGGGAAGUCCGAAUAGUCUGGGUAGUCUGGGUAGUGGCAGUAGUAGUGCUGCUACUACUGCGAAUACUACGAGGAAUGAUGGUAUGGAGUUUGGCGGCUCAGGUAAUGGGGGUGGAGGUGGACAACACGGACAUGUAUCAGGGGAUGGGAAUAGUGUGCCGUCGGGCCCGGGGGGAAUGCCAAUGAUGAUGGGGUCGGGGAUGGGUGGUAUCAAUAUGAAUAUGGUUAUGAGUAUGGGGAUGGGGUACAAUGAUCUCUGGGCUGCGAUGACGAUGGAUUGGGCUGGUGGUGGUGAAGGUGUUGAGAAUUGGGCCUGA